GUGCGCCAUUGUCCCAUAUGUUGCGGGAACUUCAGAGGCCAUGCUUGAGAAAGCGCAAAAGAUGAAGGAUCAGAUUGAUAGCCUGGUUCUUGCCACCCGCCGCACCAGCGGUAAGAGGACAGAGACAAGUGUGGUUCGAAUCUGGAAGCGCUGGGUCCCGUUGGCCAUUGAACGAGGUGACAUUGCUGAUGAGAUUGUUGAUGCUCACCACAUGUGUCAAUAUCUUCUCUACACAGCCUCGCGGCCUCAGCUGGGGCGCAGCGGAGCUGCAGCGACUUCAUCGGACAAGCUCAGCGCUUCCACACUGAAGAAGACAAUGACAAUGCUCGGCCGCAUUCGCCGAUGUCAGUAUGAUGACAAUCCGGCACUGAUGCAGGUUCGCCCAGCAGAGUCCACGUGAAUGAAUGAUCUGUAUGCUGCGCUAAUGG